AUCCAGGCACUAGGCUGUUGUGUAGUUCUCUAGAAACGAAAGAGGAAGUGGCUAUCUGCUGGGUAAGCAGAGGAUUCGUUUCGGACUGGAUAAUGUAUCAAUCGCUGGGUGGGCAGAGUUGCGCAUUCAGGAACACCAACACUAUACUGACAACUUUCGGCUUUUCCCAAGGUAAACAGGAGCUAGCUCGGUUGCAAUGUUAUAUAUUAUUACUACUUUGAAAAAAUAUUUAGGAAGGAAAAGCAAUUUCUAGUUCACUUAGCUACAUGAAAAAUAUGUUUGGGGGUAGAGCCAUAACGUUAACAGAAGAUAUAGCCUGGACUGAAUAUAACGUACUGUAUGUAUGUAUGUAUGGGGCAGUUAUUAUAGUCUGCCACAAAACAGAUCCUAGAAUGUAUUUGACUGGCUUUAGUUUAAGGAAGUGGCUAUACCUUUAGCUGGCUAGUUGUUUCUCAUAUUUAAUUGAAAUUCAAGAACGUUUAAGUGAAAUAUAUAUUUUGUCCCGAGCUCUGUCAUACAGUGUUCCCUCUGAAAUACAGACGCCAUUGAAACUUCAAGAUGAAGUGCACAGGUUGUGGCCAUGUUGCGUUUGAGAAAACGGCUAGAUUCUGCAGCCAGUGUGGCCAUCAACUAGCUGCAUCACCAGUCACCAAGGAGCCUGACAACACUUCUGGAAGUUCACCUAAGUCAUUAGAUCCAUCACUGGAGAGUGUGAAUGAGAAGACGGAAAUGGAGAGUGAUGUGUCAACCCUGAAUAACCGGGAAACUAACACUUCUCCGAAGCGGCCCAAUGAAGAGCCCAACAGCAACCCUAAGAAAAAGAGAAAAAAGAGGAAGAGGACCAAGAAGAAGAAGGACUCUGACCAGCUGACCUCUGACCUGUCUGACAUCUCCCUUAUGGACAGCCAUGGGAAUAGCAGGAAACAGGACGUUGCAGAGUCCUCUGACAGUGAUGCCAGCGCCAUGGACGAGACACCCAACUCACUUCAUGACACGUCUGCCUUAGUGGAGAAACCAGCCAGUGGAUCAUCAGCAGCACCCAGUACAAUCAGUCCAUCUGAGAACACGUCUGACAAUAAACAUCCUCCAAGCACUACCUCGUCACAGCCUGAGGCCAGCGCAGAGAGCCAUUCUGCCGAAGGGAAAGAUCAACAGCGCAGUGAAGAGAAAGACCGAUCUCAGUCACCUGCAAAACAGACCUCCAAGUCGGCUCCGAAUGACACUCCUGACUCUCUCACCGACUCGGCUGGCAAAUCCACCACCAUCCCCCCUCUUCAGUCAGCCUCAGUGGUAUCGGCGAAGACCACUGACCAGAAAGCUCCAAAGGAUGCUGACUCAAAGACCGCUGACCAGAAAGCUCCAAAGGCUGCUGACGCAAAGACCGCUGACCAGAAAGCUCCAAAGGCUGCUGACGCAAAGACCGCUGACCAGAAAGCUCCAAAGGAUGCUGACGCAAAGACCGCUGACCAGAAAGCUCCAAAGGCUGCUGACGCAAAGACCGCUGACCAGAAAGCUCCAAAGGAUGCUGACGCAAAGACCGCUGACCAGAAAGCUCCAAAGGCUGCUGAUGUAAAGAGCACUAAGAACAAGAAAGACGUGGCCAACUCAAAGCAGACGAACCUGAACCAGAAUGCAAACGUGAACCAGAAUGCUAAGCAGAACCAGACCAGACAAGACAAACAGAAAGGGACAGAUGAUCAGCAGAACCAGGAUUUGAAGCAAACCACCGAUAAGAUGGUGUUUGGCACUCAGAAGAAAUCAGAGGUGGAGAGCAGAGGCUCCAGUGUGGACCCACAGGUGAAGGUGGAGAACAUGGAGGUCCAGCAGCAGCCUUCCCGUGGGGGGGGAGAUGCCUCCUCCUCUACACCACAGAGCCCAGGCGUCAAGAAAGAGAAACAGAAAGACAACAAAAGCGACGACUCUGAAACCAAGGGUCAGGAUGUUCCACCGCCAAAAAGGAUUCCUCCAGGGAAAAAACAGCUCUCUGCAAGUGAGAGACUCACAAUCUAUUUCCACGCUGUCCUCUCGAAGGAUUUCAAGCUGAACCCGGACGAGGAUCGCAUCUUCAUCAGGGCUGGGGGGAACAUUGGGAACUGGAAAACCGAUUCCGUUGAGCUCACUGUGUCUAAGGAUCUUGGAGAGCAUGGGUUCCUAGUCGAAGGGAGCUUGAUCACAAGCAAAUCUAAUGCAACUGUGUCCAUACCAUACAAGUACCUCGUCUACAAGCUUAAAAAGCAAAAGUACGAGUAUGAGUACAUAUACAAACUGGAUUCUAACUACCCCACCACCAACAGAUGUCUUUUUGUCAAAUCCCAUCUGCUUAAUGAAGAAGGGGACUGGCAUCAGUAUGAUGACAUCAUCUGUGUGGAGCCAUCCAAGAAUGUGCUCAAGCGGCUAAAAGACGCUUUUUGGCCGGAACAAAGGAAAAGUGUCAUCGAAGGUCGAGAAAUUGCAGGGAAAGUUAUGCUGGAGAGUAUAUUUGACCUCCUCAGGAGCUGGACUGACAUUAACUUCAAGAGUUUCCUCAAUCAGCUGAAUCAGUUUUACCAGAUCUACGGGAACCCGUUUGUCUAUGAGGAGACACACAAGAAAUGGUACUCCUUAGACUACGACGAAAAAGAUGUCAGGAAGCUGCUGAAGCAGUUCAUGCUGGAUAACGUUGUUCCUCAGCUGCAGAAGGAGGGUGAGGGGAAGAGCUGCUUCAUCCAGGACCCCAUGAGGGCAGCUGUGGUCAUGCUGUACGUGUGGAACAAGUUCGGCCUCAAGCUGGACCACGGAGAGUCCACCCGGCUCUGCAGCGCCCUGUGCUUGCCCAAGCUGCCCAAAGACUCCUUUCUGCAGUACUGGACCGACUUCGCCCAAGCCGUCUCCGGUCUCAAAAACUUGCCAGACAUGUUGGUGGCUCUGAUCAACAGUGUGAAGACUGAAGGGCCCCGGUGGAUUUUGGUGCUCCCCCUGCUCCACCUCCUCAAGGGAUCCUCCAAACCAUUCACACCCAUAUCUACCACAGUCACCCCCAAGUAUGAGCAGUCCUGGGCGGGCCUCCAAGGCCUCAAAGCAGACUACAUGACGCACAACAGCCAGGACAGGAGAGCGAUGUUGAAUCUCAUGAAAAACAAUGGUCAUCUGGUUGAGAUGGACAGACUAGUGUCUCGGUCCUGGAUGUGUCUGCUGACCAUAGAGGACUUGGUGGAAUGCAGCAUACUCAUCAACGUGGAACUGCUGGACCUGCUCCAAGUCUUCACUCUGAGGGCCCCUCAAGAUGUCACCUACAGCAACAAGCAGUAUGUGUCGGACACUCUCUCACAUAUUCAAAGCAAUCUCAUCGAGGACAAAUACAGUUGUUUUAGUGAGGCGUAUGGCAGAGAGUGCUUGGCAACUGCAGUGAAGCUUUUUGAGAAGAUCUGCAAAGGAGUCCGAUCCACUUCAACCUACACGCAGAACUUCACAGACAUCCCUGUGGCAUGCAUGAACAUGGUUGUCUCAAUAUCUGAGUUUGCCCGGGCCUUUGAGUCACAGGCAACUAAGGAUGUGGAAAGAGAGCAUAUGCAUGCCAAGGAGCUGGAUCUGCUAUCCGAGGCGAUGGUGAUCGUCAGAUCCUGGAUCGGCACAACCUUCAGAGACCGGUUGCUGGCCAGGAGUGUGACCACCUUGUACCUCAGUGUAAAUGUCACCACAGAGAUAGAGAUGUGGAACAACAUAAUCUCUCUCAAGUUCGCCAAUGACGAUUUCACAAAAGAAUGGAGACAAACGUUCACUAGGGACUUGGAGGGAAAACUGAAACAGGAGUCUCCUCUGGAUCAGAUAGAGAUAUACUGUUCCAAGAUUGAGGUCCUGAAUGAAUCUCACCCUCACGUAGCCAAGACUAUCGAGAAAUGUGCCCUAGAAGCUGUCACCUCACUGUGCCAGAGCAAGUCCGAGGGUAAACUCUUUGACCGGUUGAAGAUCAACUAUAAGUUUGGCAAACUCAUCUCAACCAUCAUCCAGAAGUCCUGGCCGAGAGAUGAGCGUGGUGAUUACCACGAAGACGACGACGUGGUCUUUCAACACCUGCUCUCCUGGACAGCCGCCAAGAACAUCUUCCAGCUACACGGUGCAGAUGAAAAGCUGAUUGAGCAGCUCUCUGAUGAAGCCAGGGACAGGAUGGCCAUAGCUAUCUCGACCUUCACUGCCAUCUCCAACCAGCUGGUCCACGGAAACAUCCGGAUCAAACUGCUCAACUCCGUCUUGGAGAAGAGGGAUACUUUCACAGAGCUGCUGAAAAUAGACUGUCUUUCGGAGAAUGAGCGCUAUAAGGACAGCGCCUCCAUGAAAAGGCUGCUAAUGUGUAGGCAGGAGGAGGUGAAAGCUGUCUACCAUGAGAAGGAGCUGGUGGAAGUCCUGCUUACCAUGAGCCGCAAACUACAGGAACAUGUCGUAGUUCAAUUUGAAGGCUUGGAAGCAAGACUACAGACCAACAUCGAAGCAAUGACCCUUGAUCAAUUCAUGGAGGUCCAUCCAUUUGACCAACUCUCUUCACCAACGGCCGGUGUAGUCACCUUCUUCGAACUUGAGGACGACGUGAGAGAGAUGGCAGAGGUUCUGCACAUAUUUAAAGACAGCUACAUCUUCAAGUUGUGCUGGGAGAAACAGGCCCGAGACCUUGCCAGAAGAGAUGCAUAUGAUGAAGACUAUGACCCUGAGGAAUCGGUUGACUACUUUGUAGGACCAGUCGAGAUACACAGCGAUAUUUUUCUUCCUUGCUACGCGAAGUACGAUAAGAUCUACAAAUGCCUGAAGAACGGCAGCCUUCGGCUCGAAGAGGUCGAUACUCUCUUCAAGGCCUACAGGGGCAAGUACGAAGAGCUGGCGCAGGACUUGGAUAUCAUGUGCAGAAACGACAAGUCGGAUAACAAACAGUGGAUCCAGAGAAGAGUGCACCAGAUUGAGCAGUACCACGAGCUUCACCUGGCUGUGGAGUCUGCUCAGGUCAUCAUGUUGGUCAAGCAGACACUCAACCUUCAAGGCAACUUCCAAGUCCUGCAGACACUGCUAGAAGUUACGCAUGAGGACUUUAAGAGGGAGCACCUGGAUCGUAUUGACAAUGACCUGAUGCAGACAAAGCUGGUUCUGGUGGACAUCACAGAGCCCCGCAGACUGUGUCUCCAGGAGCUCGGCCUCAGGAAAAACUUUGUCAUCUGGGUUAAAGAGGCUCUUGAAGAUAUCAACGAGCUUAAAGUGUUUGUUGACCUGGCUUCCAUCUCUGCUGGGGAGAAUGACCUCGACGUGGACCGCGUGGCCUGCUUCCAUGAUGCUGUCCUGGGUUACUCUCCGAUGCUGUACGAAUUGAAGCCAGACUCCGGUUUCCAGGCCUUCAAGGAGGUGCUGAAGAAGCUGUGGAGGGCAUUGGACAAUGACAACAACCUCCCAAAGAAGCUGCGUGACACAGCACGCCACCUGGAGUGGUUGAAGACUGUGAAGGACAGCCAUGGAUCUGUGGAACUAUCCUCUCUCUCCUUAGCAUCAGCCAUCAACAGUAAAGGAAUCUACAUCAUCAGUGCCCAGAACCAAAAGAAGUUGAGCCUGGACACGGCCCUGAAACUGCAGAUCCCAGAGGAGCACGACGAGGGCCAUGAGAUGCGCCGUUACUCCCUGGAGGACCUGAGGGAACUGCAGAACAAACUCAUGCUCAUGUCUGGGAAAGGGGACCAGGGCCAGUGUGAGGUGGACCAGUUUGCAGAGGUUUUCGCCAGUGUCCAGAGGCUAGCUGUGGCAUUCAUUGCCCUGUUCACGGCAGGGAACCCCCUGUUCAGACACUGGGAGGCCAACAUCAACUGUAGUUCCCUCAGCCAAGACGCCGGCAUCAUCAUGGACUUCAACCUUGGCAGCGUUGUCAGUGUGAUUAUGGUGGAGGGCAGCAUCGUGGAGCAGCUUCCUGAGCUGUGCAGGAAGAUGGAGAAGUGUCUGAAGUACUGGAACGACUUCAUGGACAAACAGAGAUCCAACAAUUACUAUCUGAAUUACUACACCGCCGAGCAGAUUGUGUACCUGUGCAGUAAGCUGACUCAGCAGAAUGUGUCGAAUUUGGAGGACCAAGUUCUCAUGAUGCUCUCCUUUGUCAAACCCAACUGCACAGCUUCCGAUCUUAGGCAAACCUGGCACACACUGCAAUACGAGAUCCUCACUAACCCACCUGUGCAAAAUGAGGACAUUGACUUCCAGACUUUUGUUGAGGUACCGAGCGGUGUACAGGGAGGUCUGGAUUUCAUUGGAGAGUUGAAUCUCUCUUCAGACAAUCUUCCAAGUCUUGUGGAGCACAUUAGCGGCUCAGGAAAGUUGGACUUGAUGUGGAACGCCUACAUGAGAGACAUGAAUUCUUUCCUCCAAGACACUCUCGACGUCCGAAGCUUAGGAAAACUGCUAGAAAUUCUGGCCAACAUAGGUGAUGAGAAUGAAGGAGACAUGACUGAUGAGAAGAAAUACAAAAGCAUUGAAAGAUUGAUGCCCAAGGGCCUGGCUAUCGGAAGUCCAAACCUCAUAGUUUCCCCACACGACGAGAUCCUGACGUCUUGCAUCUCCAUUUACAUGAGCAGCAAACACGAGCCACUGCCCACAUAUGAUGAGGUCCUACUGUGCAACUCCUCCACGCCUUACGAGCAGGUGGAGCUGUUCCUCAGACGCUGCCUCACUGCCGGCUACAGAGGAGAGAAGAUUUACACCAUGCUCUACGGCGAUCAGCUUAGCUACGAAGUCAGCUCCAAGGUGGAGAGCUUUUUCCAGCGAAUUAAAAUGCAGAGCAGGAAGGACUACAGGCUCGUGAUCAUCUGCAGCUCGGACAGAGAGCAUGCCUACCUUCCCUCAGCCUUCAGCCAGUACAGGUUACACAUGGUGCCCCAGGAACCCCUGAGCAGCAUCCAGAGGUACCUCAACAAACACUACACGGUCCCGUCAGAUCAGAGCAGUGCUGCUGCUGUGUUCAAGGACAGGAUGUUUGUUGGAGUUGUGUCGUCCAGUAGAGCUGGAGUUGGUAAGUCCCUUUACAUCAAGAGGCUGUAUGAAAAACUGAAACACUCCACCAAGAAGCCGUCACUGCUGAAAUGCAUCCGCUUGAUCGAGCCAAGGGUUGAUGAGAAUGUUAUUCUUCAGUCUCUGCUGAAUACCCCGAAGUCGAAAGAGCUCAUCAUCUUCCACUUCGAUGUCACAUCUUCGGUGCGGAAAGGCCUCUAUGAGUUUCUCUUUAAACUGUUGGUCUUGGGAUAUUUGAUGGAUUCUGAGGGAAGGAUGUGGAAAUGCAGCAACAAACAGCUUUAUGUCAUUGAGAUCCUACAGUCAACAGUAAACUUGCCCAGAAAUGGCCCAAGAACGAAUGCACGUGCCAACUCCACAUUCCUGGAUGUGUUCCCAAAUGUCUUCUGCCGCCCACCAAAAGAGGUUCUAGAUCUGGAAAUGAGGAUGCGGGAGGACCCCUCCUUUGUAAAGCUUGAAGACCCAUUCAUGGAUGACAAAGAGUUCAGGAGUGAAGCAUACCAACGACCCUACCAGUAUCUGACCCGUUUCCAUAAUCAAAUCGACCUGGACACCUUCAUGUACAAUGGGGUGGAAGGCACCUAUGUAGAAUGUCUGCAGAUGCUCUUUAUGUUCUGUGGCAUAAUGGACCCAUCGUGGGCCGAGUUAAGGAAUUUCGCAUGGUUCCUAAACCUUCAACUACGAGACUGUGAGACGUCAGUCUUUUGUGAUGCCUCUUUCACCGGGGACACCCUCCAGGGAUUCAAGAACUUUGUGGUGGACUUCAUGAUUCUGAUGGCCAAGGACUUUGCCACACCGUCCCUCAGCAUCUCUGACCAGAGCCCCGGGAGGCAGCAAAUGGACCUGACUGGGGUCAGCGAUGAAGACUUGGCACCCUUCCGGAUCAGGAAGAGAUGGGAGUCAGAACCACAUCCGUACAUAUUCUUCAACGAUGACCAUGUGUCCAUGACCUUCAUUGGCUUCCAUCUUCAGCCCAACGAACAGAACUCUGUUGAUGCCAUCGAUCCAGCCACAAGAAGGGUGAUCAAAAGAGACAUCAUGACCAGAGAGCUGUAUGAGGGUCUAAAGCUACAGAGAGUCCCUUUCAAUAUCGACUUUGACCAACUGCCCAGAGGGGAGAAGAUUGAACGCCUUUGCAAUGUCUUGGGAAUCCAGUGGCCUCUUGAUCCUGAUGAAACGUAUGAGCUCACCACUGACAAUAUACUGAAGAUGCUGGCCAUCCACAUGCGUUUCAGGUGUGGCAUCCCAGUCAUCAUCAUGGGGGAGACAGGCUGUGGGAAGACAAGGCUCAUUAAAUUCCUAUGUGAGCUUAGGAGGAGCGGAGUGGCCACGGAAAACAUGAAGCUAGUCAAAGUUCAUGGUGGAACCAGCUCAGACAUGAUCUACGCCAAAAUCCGGGAAGCAGAAGCCAUUGCGUUCACCAACAAACAAGACUACAACUUUGACUCUGUCCUCUUCUUUGACGAAGCCAACACCACGGAAGCCAUCAGCAGUAUCAAGGAAGUCCUCUGUGAUAAUACAGUGGAGGGAGAGUGUUUGGUGCCCCAUUGCGGCUUGCAGAUCAUCGCCGCAUGCAACCCUUACAGAAAACACACUGACGAGAUGAUUCAGAGGUUGGAAUCUGCUGGACUUGGAUAUCGAGUCCGAGCUGAAGAGACUGAUGAGAAGCUGGGCUCCAUCCCUCUCCGCCAGUUGGUGUACAGAGUCCAGGCCUUGCCCCCCAGCAUGAUACCUCUGGUGUGGGACUUUGGCCAGCUCAAUGAUCACACUGAAAAAAUGUACAUCCAGCAGAUUGUCCAGAGGGUGGUUGAGACCAACACAAUUGAUAUAGUAUACACCAGGUUGAUCGCGGAUGUCCUGUCUGCUUCGCAGAGGUACAUGCGGACAAGGAAAGACGAAUGUAGCUUCGUAAGUCUGAGGGAUGUAGAACGUUGCAUGCAAGCCUUUGUGUGGUUCUACAAAAACCAUGCAAUGCUGCUUGCUGAGCUAAAUCAGUAUCAGAGAAAUCAAAACGCAGAGAGGAGUGAGAGGAACCAGAGGGAGCCAGAAGCAAGAGACCCAGUCUUGUGGUCUGUAGUGAUGGCUCUGGGAAUAUGCUACCAUGCCUGUUUGGAAAACAAGGACAAGUACAGACAGAGAAUCUGCAAAUACCUCACUGAAACCUACACCCCAUUCAAAGUGAUGCAGGAGAUCUCCCUCAUGCAGGAUCUCCUUCUGAGCGGAGUGCCCUUGGGCGAAACUAUUGCACGAAACAACGCUCUGAAAGAGAAUGUCUUCAUGAUGGUGGUCUGUAUAGAGCUGAGAAUCCCCCUCUUCUUGGUGGGGAAACCUGGGAGUUCAAAAUCUCUGUCUAAAACCUUGGUGGCAGACGCCAUGCAGGGCCAAGCCGCACACUCUGACCUCUACAAAAGGCUUAAGCAGAUACACCUGGUGUCCUUCCAGUGCAGCCCUCACUCCACACCGGAGGGCAUCAUCAACACAUUCAAGCAAUGUGGUCGCUUCCAGGAGGGGAAGAACCUGAAGGAGUAUAUAUCUGUGGUGGUGCUGGAUGAGAUUGGCUUGGCUGAGGAUUCUCCCAAAAUGCCCCUGAAAACCCUCCAUCCUCUGCUAGAAGAGGGAUGCAUCGAUGAUGAGCCGCUACCGCACAAAAAGGUUGGAUUCAUCGGCAUCUCCAACUGGGCUUUGGAUCCUGCGAAGAUGAAUAGAGGCAUUUUCGUCUCACGUUGCGACCCCGACGAGAAAGAGCUGAUUGAGAGCGCUAAAGGCAUAUGCUCGUCUGACACUAUGAUUUUGGAGAAGGUCAGGGAUUUCUUCCAACCCUUUGCCAGGGCCUACCUAAACAUCUGCCGUAAACAAGGGAAAGGUUUCUUUGGUUUGCGUGACUACUACAGCUUGAUCAAGAUGGUUUUCGCAGUGACCAAGGCUUCCGAACAGAGGCCUAGUGCAGAGAAGAUUGUGGAGGCGGUCCUCAGGAACUUCAGUGGCAGGGACGACGUGGAUGCAGUCACAGUCUUCACCCAAAGGCUCCAGAAGAUACAGAUCAACCUGAAUCUGGAGAGCAUCAGCACCAUCGAUCUUGUCAGACAAAACAUUUCUGCGAUUGGCCAGGAGGAUGAGUGCCGCUACUUGCUAGUUCUGACCAAGAACUAUGCAGCACUACAGAUCCUGCAGCAGACUUUCUUCUCCGAGAGCUGCCAGCCAGAGAUUAUCUUCGGGUCUAGCUUCCCCAAAGACCAAGAGUACACCCAGAUCUGCCGCAACAUCAACCGAGUCAAGAUCUGCAUGGAAACCGGUCGAACCGUCGUGCUCCUGAACUUGCAGAACCUCUACGAAAGUCUCUACGAUGCUCUGAACCAGUACUACGUCUGCUUGGGAGGACAGAAGUACGUGGACCUGGGACUGGGGACACAUCGUGUCAAAUGCAGAGUACACAAAGACUUCAGGCUCAUUGUCAUUGAGGAGAAAGAGGUGGUCUACAAACAGUUUCCAAUCCCUCUCAUCAACAGGCUUGAGAAGCACUAUCUGGACAUCCAUACAGUUCUCAAGGAGGAACAAAGAGCAGUUGUUGUGGAGUUGGAGAAAUGGGUUGGGCAGUUUGUGGCCCUCAAUAACCAACACACCAUGGCCCCCCAGACAUACAAGUACCUACCUCCUGACGUUUUCAUUGGCUACCAUUCCGACACGUGUGCUUCGGUGGUCCUCCAAAUGACAGAGAAGCAAAGGGGAGAGACGGACAUUUCCGACCCCCAAAGAAGAGUCCUGGACGAGGCCAAACUGAUCCUUCUGAACUGUGCCACUCCAGACUCGGUGGUUCGGCUGGACUGCACUGUUCUCCCCAGGGUGGAGAGUGAACAUCUGGCCAGGAUCUACUUUGAGGACCAGAAGCACAGCUCUUUGGCCGACUUCAUCUUCUCUCACACUCAACAGGACGAGCAGUGCCAUUCCUCCUUCACAGAGGUGACUACCUUUUCCAGACUUUUAACAGCAUCAGAUGUUGGACCACUGGAAGAGGUCGUGAACAAUGUCGAGCUUCUCUCUCUUCAGCAGUUUGACACUGAGCACUCCUUCCUCAAGAAGAUCAGUCAUUUCCUCACAUCUGGAAAUGGGAGAGAGAAUACAUCUGGCAACAAAAUACUGAUCAUUCAGUCAGAUUUUGAUGAAGCGUCGCACAGUGCAAAUCUCAUUGCCUCCGCCAAAUAUUCUGCCAUCAAUGAAAUCAACAAAUCAAGACAAGUGGAGAUGGGAGGCAAGGUCUUCGUCUACUUCAUCACUAAAUUGCCAAGAAUGGAAGGAGGGACAUCCUAUGUUGGAUUUCAUGGAGAUCCCUGGAGGUCGGUUCAUAUUGAUGACCUCAGAAGAUCGAAAGAUAUUGUGUCAGAUAUCAAAGCCUUGAGAAACCUUACCAUCAGUCAACUGUUUGAGGAGAAAAAGGAUGAGCCUGAAGCGAUGGAGGUAGAUGAUAUGUACACUGAGACAGAGCAACAGGAAUUGGAACAUGAAGACCAAACAAGCUGGGGGAGUGUUGUGGACACCACGGCGCUGGUACGUAGCUGUGUGCAGAGCGCAGUGGGCAUGCUCAGAGACCAGCUGGAGGGCGGAGUCCGUAGUACCAGGAGAGUGGAGAUCCUGCUCACACUCCUGACUGACAACCAACAAAUAAGAGCUGAAUUUCUGAGGACCGUGAAGAGACGUCUUCACUCGUUGCUGUCGACCCAUGAUGACAACACGCUCAAACUGUCCUCAAAUAACUGGGUCAUCAAGGAGGCGUCCAACAUUGACGCACUGCAGGAAGGAGGGACAUUCAGACACACCCUAUGGAAAAGGGUGCAGGCUGUGGUUAUUCCCUUCUUGGCCCAGCUGGUCUCUGUCAUCGACCGCGACCGCAACCUGGACAUUCUGCAGGACUCCAACUCUGGAGAGGCGGUUAAGAAACUCUGGUUGGACAUCUUUGGGAACGACAAACUACUCGAGGUUCCCUACACAAAACUGGACCGCAAUUCAGAGUCAAAGACCAUCCUGGUCCAGAACUACAUUGGGCUGGACAAGAACAUCGGCUGUAUCAUGCCCUUCAGCUGGAGGAUCAGGGACUACCUGGAUGAACUCUGGGUCCAUGCUCUCCAGCAUGAAGGUCACACUCAAGGCCAGUUUGAGGAGUUCUUUAGGAAGACCCCACUGGGCCGCUACAUCUCAGAGGCAGACCCAGAGAUGCAGGCUGAGUUCUUCCACAGGUACCUGCAGGAUUUCAUCUCCAUGACCAUGAAUGUGACCUGUCAGGAGGAUCUGCAGGUGCUGGACGUGUAUGCGGCCGUGGCCUGUGUAGAGUACCUGGAGCCCCAGGCUCUGGACACAGACGGCCAGCGGCUGGUCUGGCUCAGACAGGUCAAGAGGCUCCAGGUUCCCAUCGAGCUGGUCUGCUCCGAGGAGAAUCUGAGACACUAUAAGGACAGGAGCGUGGCCAUGGUCCACAGAGUUCAGAAUGGGUGGAACCGCGUCGUCACCCUGUCUCUGUUUGUGGAGCACAUGUUACUGGGCAUUGAGGCGGUGGAGAAGAAGCUGAAGCCUCUGGUCUUGGAGCACACCAGAGGGUUGUGCCAGAUCCUGGAGAAGGACUCUGACCUGAAAAUGAAGAAGCCGUUUGAGGCGGUGAUCGGUAUACUGAAAGCCUGCAAAGACGGAGCAAUGGAGCGCAUUUUCAGGUUUGGCCUCCAGCCGUGCCCUGUGUGUAUGAGCGACCCCCAUGACCCCCUGAGCCUGCCGUGUGACCACAUCUACUGCCUGGCCUGCAUCAGACAGUGGCUGGUCCCAGGUCAGAUGUUCUGUCCUCUCUGCAUGCAGGCUGUGCCAGACGACUUCGCUCUCAGGCCCUCUGAAGACAUAAGAGUUCUCAUCAACCAGAACGCCCGCUUCAGGAAGCAGUGCAACGCCUUCUUCAUAGACCUGGUCUCAACAGUGUGCUUCAAGGACAACUCUCCCCCCUGCAGGGCCAUCAUCCUCCACCUGCUCUCCUUCCUCAUGGUGGAGGUCCACUCUGUGCCCAUCAUCAGAGGUGCUCAUCGUCAGAUUCUGACCAAGGCCCUCUCUCCCUUUGACGACUCUGUUGACAAAAACCCAGUAGUUCGGUCGGUUGUUCUCAAACUCCUGCUCAAAUACAGCUUUGAUGACGUGAAAGACUACCUGCAGCAGCACCUGACAGCAGUUGAACAGAGCAACAUCUUGGAGGAAUCAGACAAGAAUGAACUGUAUUCUCUGUAUAUCAACUGUCUGGAGGAUUCCAUGUUUGAGCGGAUGCAGUGCCACACGGUGGCGGAGCAGCAGGCCUGCAUGCAGGAUGAGAGGGUCUUCCUGGGGGACUUCCUGCAGUUGGAUGCCGGCCACGCAGCCACCGUAGAGUACCUGCAGCAGGUGGCCAGGGUGCGCAUGGGGCUGGACAGGGCUGCAGACCUGCUGGUCCACAUGCUGUCUGCUGCUGCCACAGGAUCGCAGGAGGAGUCUCCUAACGGCGUUGCGGCCUUCCUGACCAGCGUGGUAGAACUGUGUAGACGCAGCGGGAACGACUGGUACCGGGUCUACCUCAUCCGUAAGAUCUGCAGCCAGCGCGGCGUGGAGUUUGUUCAGAAACUCCUGAAGGUGGCUGACAUCCGGUGGUUGUUCCCUGCUGAAGUUCUGCAGCAGAAUGAAGAUGGCAGCCAGAUAGACCAAUAUCUUGUGUGUGGAGAGGAUUACAAGACAAUCCGAGAUGCCGUUGCCAAGGCAAUGAUGGAAGGCAAAAUCGAGGGAUUGGACAACGCUUGUGAGGGCUGUAAAUGUCCUCCACAGAAGAAAGCCAUCUACCUGCUCCUGGCCCUGUUCAGAGAAGUCACCUCUCUCUACAGAUCAGCCAAUGACAGCUUCCAUCCUAAACCUGUGCAAUGCCAGGCCCUGUUGGCGUUCAUCCAGGCCUCCAAGGUGUUGGUCAGCCCAGAGGUGAGGGCCUUCGCCCAGGCCCUGGUGGCCAACCGGCUGGGGCCCCUGGAAGUCCGUCCCGGGGCCUCUGGGGCCCAGUGUGUGGUAGUGGAGCUGAGCAUCCACCUGGCUGCAGUGCUGCUCUGUGGGAACCAGGGUCUACUGACGCCCCUCCAGCAGCUGGCCCUACUGCCUGCCAACAUGCAGAGAGCCUUCCUCCCCACCAUGCCAGAGGACAUGCUAGCAGUGGCUCACAAAGCUAUGGGGCAGCUGCAGUGGUACUUUUGUCCCAACAAUCACCCGUGCACCAUCGGUGAGUGUGGCCAGCCCAUGGAGAGGAGUCGCUGCCUGGACUGUGGCCUUGAGAUUGGAGGGGACAACCACAUAGCUGUCCCUGGCUUCCAAGCCGUUCAGAUUCAGGAUGACCGCACCCAGACCGGCCACAUCCUGGGAGAGCCCAGACGGAGAGACAACCUGGACAUGCAGGACACCAAGAACAUGUCCCCAGUGCCCUUUAACCUGCUGCGCCUGAUCACACACAUGGCCAUGCUGCUAGGGGCCAGCAGUAACCCCCAGGUCAUCGGUGCCAUCAUCAAGCCCCCAGUGCCCGACCCCGGUGCGUUCCUGUGGGCCCACCUGUUGAAGGACAUGGAGCAGGUGACCAGGUCGCUGGGGAAGGGGUCUGACGACACGGUCAACACCGUCCAUCUGGUCAUCAGCAGCCUUCUGGGGCCCCACCAGCCUGGCCAGUGGCCUGUUCCCUAUGACAACCUGCUCUCCACCAAGGAGGCCCGAAACGGCUGGGAGACCACCGUCAGCAAUGACAUCAUCACACCUCAGCUGAAGCACCUGGACAGGCGGCUGAAGGAAGUAAACGCCUUUGUCCGGGCCGACUUGCGGGUCUCCUCCAACCCUGUGAUGAGGCUGGUGUUCGGGGACCCGCGCCUCUUCCUUGCCUCUCUGCCCCGGGAGUCUCUGAUCCACAGUUCGGCUGUGUGGAGCUGCAGGGAGAGGGUGUCUCUACUCAGCCUCACCCACAUCGUGGAGCAGCACAACGGCAGGGACACCCUGCCCAUGCUCUGGCGGUUCCUGCAGAGGGAGGCAGAGCUGCGGUUGGUGAAGUUCCUUCCUGACAUCCUGGCACUGCAGAGAGAUUUGGUGAAGAGGUUCCAGAACGUGACUGACCUCACCUGCCAUACCAUCGCUGACUUCCUUCACAGCCAGAAAGCAGCCUCCCUCACAGCCUGGUACGAGAAACGGGUCAAAAUCUUCCUGACAACUUGGAAUCAGCUCCGGGUCUCCCUGGCAACCAACGGUGAGAUUCAAAUCCCUGGCGAGUUCUGCCGGGAGGACCUGGACCUGACCAGUGACUUCCUGGUUCUGUUGCCACGGCGACAGGGUCCCGGCCUGUGUUCCACGGCGCUGGUCAGCUACCUCAUCGCCCUGCACAACGAACUGGUCUACUGCGUGGACAAGCACACUGGAGAGGAGACCAGCUACACGGUGAGCCCGGCGGACCUGAGCGACCUGCACGUGAUCCGCUAUGAGCCAGAGAGGGAUCUGCUGCCCUUGGUUCUGUCCAACUGCCAGUACAGUGUGGAGCGUGGCCAGGAGGCCCUGCACGAGUACGACCUGCCCAAGAUCCAGCAGCAGAUCCUGGCCCGCUUCCUGCAGGGAAAGCCUCUCAUCACUCUCAACGGAAUCCCAACCCUGGUGAACAGACACGACCGCAAUUAUGAAAACAUCCUCAAGGAUGUGAAAGGAAAGGUUCAACAGGAGCCCCUGCCCAUCCUGACCCUGUCGGCACUGGCCGGGGAGCUGCAGUCAUACAGCGAGGUGUGUGAGGCGCUCUCCACCGUGGAGGUGGCUCUGGGCUUCCUGGCCAUGACGGGAGGCGAGCCCCAGCUGCAGUUGGAGCGCUACCUGGAGGAGGUUCUGCAGAUGGGAGACCAGACUGGCCCACACAUCCUAAAGGCCCUGAGCAGGUGUAGUCUGAAACACUGUGUGGCCCUGUGGCAGCUCCUCACCUCACUCAAGUCUGAGAACAUGCUGCGCCUCAAGAGGGACCCGUUUGUGGGGGUCUCAGAGGAAUACAGGAAUCCCCUAGGAGAUGAAGACCGGAGGCUACUCACUACGUUCUUCACCAAGAGCAGCGCUGACUCGUUCCUGCUGGAGAUGCACGAGUUUCUGCUGCUGGUCCUGAAGAGCCCCCGUGCCCCCGACACAUACAAGCCUGACUGGGGCCUGAAAGACACCCUGGUGUCCUACAUGGAGCGGAAAGACCUUGACGUUCCCCACGACGUGGACGAGUUGUUCCCCGGAGAGAUCAGUCUGGCUCAGUACAUAGAAGCCUGGAAGUUCACCGUGGCCUUCAAACAGGAGCGCAGCCAGAGAUAGUUCAACCACCGACAACUGAUUCUACUCUGCCUUCGUUUGCAUCCCACAUGGCUCCCUAUUCCCUACUUUUUCUUCCUGAAGAGUCGAACAUCAUUUCAUACUUGUAUUGGUUUUUAGACAGGACAGUAUGAAGUCAGGGGGACAGACUAUGUUGGAGGAAUGACAAGUCGGAAUGGAGCAUAGCCAAAGCUCCAACCCCCAGACUCCGCCAAUGUAGUGCACUACUUUUGACCGACCAGGUUGGGGUGCCAUUUCAGAUGUAGACUUUGUACAGACUUUAUAGUCCCUGUAUACUGUAUGUAAGGGCCACAGAUAUGUUUACAAACAUGUUUAAGAAUACACUUAUGUGAUAUAGAUGCAUAUGUUUCACACAGGAGAACAUGAAAUGAGUGCCUUUUUGGAAAUGCACUUUCAAGGUGCCAGCAGACAGGUUCUACUCAUGUACAAUACCUAUAAACGGUUUCAUUCUGGUAUCUAAAAAGUCAACUGUGAUUUGUACUAAGAGUACAAUGAGUGAAGGGGAGGAAGUUACGAAAGUUGUAGUUAGCAAAUAUUUGUCCAUUGGUUUUAUUAGUUGAUAAAUAUGCAAAUCCAGUGGAGGCUGCUGAGGGGAGGAAGGCUCAUAAUGUCUGUAACGGAGCGAAUGGAAUGGCAUCAAACACAUGGAAACUAUGUGUUUGAUGUAUUUGGUACCAUUCCACCUAUUCCUCUCUGGCCAUUAUCACAAGCCCUUCCUCCCCAAUUCAGGUGCCACCAACCUCCUGUGAUGUACAAAAUGUUUGAUUGCUGAUGGUCUUUUGUGCACUUUUCCAAUGUGAAUUUCUCUGUCACGUAGUGGUGGUAGUGGAGGGAAAGACUGAAGUCUAAAUACCUAGACUUUUGGUCUUAGACUCAGGGAUGCAACUAGGUGAGAUGUUGGGCUAUAACUCUGGGGUCUGACAUUUUUAUCUCAACCAAACAGCAAUCAAGAAAAUAAUCAAGAUUUAUCAUAGGUGGUGUUUUCUAAUGAGGGAAAUGAGUUUGCACAUUUCUGAAGCUACCUUGUUAUUAAUAUCUACGGUGUCCCCAAUGGAAAAUUAGGUUUUAAAAUUCACUUUGUCCGUAGAUAUCUAUUUACAUGGCUUUGCCUCAAGUGAUAUGUUUUGUUAUUUCAUAACGGACUCAUCUUCAAUCAUCUAGUCAGAAAUGGCAUGACAGUUUCCCCUUACAGAAUCACUGCCUUACAGAAUAUGCUCAUUGUAUUUUGCACUUUAAGUUCCUCUUGUUGAACUUAAAGUUGGACCAAACGUUGUUUCUGUGUUUCAUUUCAUUGCUGAAGAGUGUGACAUGCAGUGAUUAUUAUGUUGAAACAAAAUAAAUUGUUUGCUUCUCAGCA